AUGGGCGACGAAAAACACGACUAUGUCCGCGAGCCCUCGCCGCCUCCCAUUCCCACCUACGACGAGGCCACCUCCUCGCGCAAUGCCGCGCCGCGCCUAGGACCAAAUGAGAUCAGCGACGAUGCCGAGCGGCAGGGUCUGCUGACCCCGGAAGUUCUCACACAGUCGGAUUCAAGAAGGCGCAAUGGGUACUACCAGGCACCUUCUGUGCAAUCCGUGUCGGAUGACGAGUCUGACCCUGGGAGUCCGGUGCGGGAGAGCCAGGAUGACGCCCUGCGGCAGACCAUGGAAGAGAUGGAUAUCUUGGAUCCAGAGGCAGCCGAGGAGGGCAGGGCGCGGAGGAAUCGCUCAAGAGGACGCUUUUCCAAACGGCUGAAUCGAAUACGACACUCACUCGCGAGCUGGAACUUGCCCCGGAUACGUUGGCCGUCAUGGCGACCGAACUACAGCGCUGUGACUGACCACUUCCCCACGAUACCGGAAGAAUACAAGCCAGGCUGGUCGAUAAUUGCCCGUCUGAUGGGUCUCAUCACUAUUAUUAUACUCGUAUACUUUUUGGUUGUCAGCGAGGUGGUGCCCAUGGGUGGCGGCUUUGGCACUCCUUUUAACCCCGAGUGGGUGCGGCAGCAGGCCAUGCAGAGCGUGGAGAGCUGGCGCAUAGAGAAAAAUCUCGAGUACAUUACAAGCUACGAUCAUAUUGGCGGGACAGAGGGGAGUUAUGUGCUGGGACAGUGGAUUGAGGGCAAGUUCAGGGACGCACACAUGGACACGUACACACAUGAUGAGUACUACGUCUACAUGAACUAUGCGAAGAAAGGCGGACGCCGAGUUGCCAUUGUGGACCCGCCUGAGAAGGCGUGGGAAGCAAAACUCGAGGAACCCUCAGUCUUCAACCCCCCGAAAGCACAGACGCCUGCGUACCACGGGUUAUCGGCGACUGGAAACGUCACUGGACCCCUCAUAUAUGUCAACUUCUGUCACAAAGCGGACUUUAAGCGGUUAUGGGAUAGCCAAGUGGAUGUAAAGGGUGCAAUCGCGCUUUGCAGAUACUACGGAACACAGCCGGAUUUGGCCAUGAAGGUCAGAGCUGCACAGAAUGCCGGUGUUGCAGGAGUGCUUGUCUACUCCGACCCGGCAGAGGAUGGCUUCAAAAAGGGCAACCCCUGGCCUGAUGGCAAAUGGAGACCGGGAGACAGCGUGCAGCGGGGCUCAGUUGCGCAGUCGAACUUGAUCAUUGGAGAUGUGCUUACGCCAGGAAAGCCAAGUGUGAAGAAGGUGGAACGGCUAGCUAGGGACAAGAGCCCGGCGUUACCGAAGAUCCCCAGUUUACCCCUCUCCUGGAAGGACGCGCAGAAACUCCUCAGUUCUCUCCAUGGAUUCGGCGAAAAGCUUCCAGAUGAAUGGGUCGGGGGUGUACCGGACGUUGGCGACGGCUGGUACUCUGGCCAUCUAGAUACUUCACCAAAAGUACUUUUGCAAAACGACCAGGACGAAGUCGAGCAGCAGCGCAUCACCAAUGUCUUUGGUUCACUCAAAGGAAGCGAAGACCCAGGGAGGAAGAUCAUCGUUGGCAACCACCGCGACUCAUGGUGCUUUGGUGCCGGAGACCCCGGCUCGGGAACCGCCGUCAUGCUCGAAGUUGCGCGUGUACUUGGCGAGCUACGUUCUCAAGGUUGGCGACCACUCCGCACCAUUGAGUUUGCAUCAUGGGACGCCGGCGAGUACAACAGGAUAGGCUCUACCGAGCACGUCGAAGCCAACGUUGAAGCCCUCCGCGAAAGCGCCAUUGCUUACCUAAACGUCGACGUAGGCGUCACAGGCGACAAGCUCUGGGCGAACGGCUCACCCAUCUUCCAGCACGCCUGGACACGAGUCCUAGACCGACUCAACGACCCACGCCAAAACAAAACCCUCAAAGAGCUCUGGGAAACCUCCGACUCCAAACUGGGUAACCUAGGCGCAGGCAGCGACUACGUAGCCUUCCAAACCAUCGCCGGCACCUCGUCCAUCGACUUUGGCUUCACCAGCUCAACCGACGGCCACGCCUCGUCCAACCCUCUCUCCCACAGCUGCUACGAAACGCUCUCCUGGAUGAAAAAAUACAUCGACCCUUCCUUCUCCUAUCACACGCUCCUAACCCAACUCUGGGUCCUCCUCAUCCUCGAACUCGCCCAGGAACCCAUCAUGCCCCUCAAACUCGACGACUACGCCCGAGCCCUGCAAGAAGAAGGCCAGCAGAUGCUCGACUGGACGGAGAAGGUGUCCGGCGGCGGCGAAUACAACAUCGAAAUCUUCCAGCCGCUAGUCGAUAGUCUGAGCAUGUUCAAGAAGAAGGCCGAGGCCUUUGGCCGCUGGGAACAGAGCUGGUAUAAUCAAGUUUAUGCGACGGGCGGGUUUGAGUCUAGUGGAGUGACCAUGCAGAGGAUUAUGCAUAAUGGCAAGAUUGCGAGUUUUGAGAGUGAUUUGUUGGAUUUGGUGAGGGGCAAGGAUGAUGGUGGGGUUCAUGGGCUCCCCGAUCGCCAACAGUUCAAACACGUCAUCUUCGCCCCCGACAUCAACAAUGGCCUGGAAUCCAGCGUUUUCCCCUUUGCCCGCGAUGCUAUUGAGAAGAAGGAUUGGGAUGCUGCUGCAAAAGGUAUCAAGAAGACGGCUGAUAUAUUGACUUGGGCGGCCGAGAGGCUGGGCGGUUGAUGAGAUGUUGUUUGUGUAAAGAGGGAGGUUACUUUUUUGUUGUUUUGCAUAUAAUUGCGGGCGCUUGGGUUUUUCUGGGUACCGGGUUUGGCGGCGUGGUGGGUUGAGCGGGGUGUGGGGGUUUGUAUGUAUGUAGGACAGACACAGAUGGCUUGGCCCCCCGAGCUUUUUGAAUCAGAUUUACUUUACCCCCCGAUGGGUUUAG